UUGUUUCCAGAAAGGUCGACGGACAUCGGCAGACUCCUGAGCUCCUACCUGGAAAAGGAGAGCGACGUGGAGGACCACUCGGUGCACCUGCUGUUCUCUGCGAACCGUUGGGAGCAAGUGCCUUUAAUGAAGGAGAAGCUGAACCAGGGCGUGACCCUUGUUGUGGACAGAUACGCAUUUUCUGGUGUUGCCUUCACAAGUGCCAAGGAGAAUUUUUCCCUGGAGUGGUGUAAACAGCCGGACGUGGGCCUUCCCAAACCAGACCUGGUCCUGUUCCUUCACUUAAAAUUGGCGGAUGCUGCCAUGCGGGGAGAGUUUGGCCGUGAGCGCUAUGAGAAUGGGGCUGUCCAGGAGCGGGUGCUGCAGCGUUUCCACCAGCUCAUGAAGGACACAACUUUGAACUGGAAGAUGGUCGACGCUUCCAAAAGCAUUGAAGAGGUCCAUGAGGAAAUCCGCGCACUCUCCGAGGACACCAUCUGCACCGCAGUACAGAGGCCGCUGGGGGAGCUGUGGAAGUAAACCCAAGGCUGCCACUCCAUGGAGACGCCUGCUUCCUGCAGCCCCUCAAGAGGCGGAGACACUUGUCAAAGGCUCGUGGACCCAGCCGU